AUGCUAAUCGCCGAGGAAACGUUCGGCUCGAUGGAAAUCCAGCAGUUGGUCCUCUGCAUGAUUGCGAAAGAAAAGGGCGACGAAACGGACAAUUAUUUGGGCGAUUUUUCGGUUUUGGACGUCAAUGAUAUGGAUGCGUACAAAAAGGAACACAUAAUUGGAGCCGAACACUACAACAAGGCCCUGAUCUCCCGCGAGCGCUACGAGACCGACGUGCUGAAGCGGGCCAAGAAGGAGAAUUUGUUUUUAGUAAUCUACGGACUUGGCGCGGCAAACGUCACAGCUACCCUUUUCCAGCGCGGCUUCAAGGCCAUCUUCCUGCGCGGGGACAUUCCCAACUUCCGGAAGCUUUUCCCUAAUGGACUGCUGACCGAUGGGACCGUAAAUAGUAUCGAUACGGAAGUGCUGACGAAGAGACAUCAAUUUUUGAAGGACACGCGCGGGGGACGCGGACGUCUCCUCUACACUCCACAAGGGAACAGGAGGGCCAAGAGCGCCGAAUCCGCGCAACGCCAGAAACGCCUCAGCAGCGCCGUCGGAUCCCGCCCGCCCUGGAGAUAC